CACGGCCCCGCUGGCCCAGCCCCGCCAAGUUCCAACAGCCCCCAGUCGAGCCAGCUCCGGGAAGGAACGUCUCCCGGGCAGGAUCGGACCGCUCAGACUAGCCAGGCUGCGGCGCGCGUCGCAAAGGCUCCGGGGGAACUCCCACGGCUCGGAGACUUUGGAAAGGAGAGGGCGAACAACCCCCGCGCCCGCAAGUCGGCAAGUGAGCGCUCAGCUCACCUGUUUCUUCCGCGCCACCGCCUUCCCACCCCUCGGACCCGCGCCUCCCCGGGCGCCCGCCCGCUCCCGCGAUGAAUCCAGCCCUGGGCAACCAGACUGAUGUGGCGGGUCUGUUCCUGGCCAACAGCAGCGAGGCGCUGGAGCGCGCGGUGCGCUGCUGCACCCAGGCGUCCGUGGUGACCGACGACGGCUUCGCGGAGGGCGGCCCGGACGAGCGCAGCCUGUACAUCAUGCGAGUGGUGCAGAUCGCCGUCAUGUGCGUGCUCUCGCUCACCGUGGUCUUUGGCAUCUUCUUCCUUGGCUGCAACCUCCUCAUCAAGUCCGAGGGCAUGAUCAACUUCCUGGUGAAGGACCGGAGACCGUCUAAGGAGGUGGAGGCUGUGGUCGUGGGGCCCUACUGACCGGUCCCCGACCCCCGCGGCAGCCGCCCCACUUCUCCAGCCCGGCCGCGCCCCCUCACCAUCCGAGACUGGGAGAAGAAAACCUGUCGGGAGUCAAUUAUUUCUGUUGACUUCUGCCUUUCGGAAUGAAGCAACACGUUUCUCGCUCGCCCUCCCAAAGUCCCCAGGCCUGGCUGGAGGAGGAGAGAGCCCUGACUCUGGACUCAGCAGCAAGUGUCAAAAAGAAAGCGAUUAGGGCGCAGAACUUUGGAAGCUGCCGCUAGCGCGGGAUGCGGGGAGACCAACCCGGCCGAGGCCUCUUUCCACCUGCAGGUGGGCCAAGCUCUGGGGGCAGGUGGAGAGGGCGGGCAUGGAGACACCAGCGGCACCGAUUGCCUGGUGACCGGAAAACUGACCCAUAUACGCCACUCAACAGAACUAAUGCGGACACACAAAUCCGUGUCCGGGUUCGCGCCCAUUUCCUCGCGCUCCUCCCAGCCCUGGCAGGAGAGGCGAUAAAUACUUUUGAUUGAUUGUAACGUGCUGUUUUAAGGGAUUUUGUGUUUGUUUGCUUGAAUACAAAUAUUUGAUAAGUAUUUUUUUCUGCCCUAGUGGCCCGUUUGCCUGCCUGAGGGUUAGAGUUUUGUGUUGGGAGAAGGGGUGGGGGAGGGGUAGCCUGCGAAUGUGAACACGGUGAGUUGUUUCUUUUAUCACAUUUCCCACUAGGUCUUUUGCGGGGGCUGGCACUCCUGUUGGCCCCUAGGCAAAGACCCAGAAUAGAACUCAUAGCUCGUGACUGCACGGUUUACGCCACAAAAGUGCUCUUGACAUUCGUGACACCGUUUUGACUUUUUUUUAUUUAACAUUUACCUAAUAAAUGCAACAUUUAAGUGUUU